UAGUGUAUGGAAAAGAGUGGUGGGGUUGGAACAGGUCCGAGUACAGCCAACUAUUUGAAAACAGUCUGGUUUCAUCGCUGUUAGAAGGCACAUUCAACAAUGAUUCAACAACUAUCUCUGCCAACAGGGAAAAGAAUGCCCAUUUUGGGAUUUGGAACUUGGAACGCAAGCGGGGAUGAGCUAGAAACAGCUUUAAAUGCAGCUCUGGAAGCGGGAUAUAGACACAUAGAUACAGCUACCGUGUACGAAAAUGAAAAAAUUAUUGGUAACGUGCUGAAAAAAUGGCUUGACUCUGGUAGAAUCAAACGGUCCGAUCUGUUCAUCGUUACUAAGGUCCCGCCUAGUGGAAACAGACCUGAAGGCGUAGAAAAGUGGAUUGAAAGAUCACUUUCUAACUUGCAAUUAGAUUAUGUCGAUUUAUAUUUGGUACACACGCCAUUUGCAUUCCAAGAUGCUGGAGAAGAAUUUCAUCCCGUUGAUGAGAAAGGAGAAUUCAAAAUUGAUAUAACUACGGACCAUUUGCAAAUUUGGAGAAAAAUGGAGGAGCAAGUGUACGAAGGACGUGCAAAAGCCAUAGGAUUGUCUAAUUUCAAUGUUGAACAAAUUAAAAAAAUACAAAAAAACGCCAAAAUACCCAUCUCAAAUUUGCAAGUCGAAUUGCAUGUAAAUUUUCAACAGAAAGAAUUGGUCAAGUUUUGUCAGGAUAACGACAUCAGCGUAACGGCGUAUGCUCCUUUAGGCACACGUGGCUUUAUCAACAAAAUAGGAAAGGGAGACGUUGUACCGGACUUAUUACAAAAUUUUACUGUGUUAGAAAUUGCGGAAAAGUAUGAAAAGACACCCGCUCAGAUAUUACUCAAGCACAUUAUCCAAAGGGGUAUUGCAGCCAUACCGAAAAGCGUCAAUGCAUCGAGAAUUAAAGAGAACAUCGAAUUAUUCGAUUGGGAACUCGAAGCUGAAGAUUUCGACAAGUUAAAUGAUCUUGACAUGGGAGAAUCCGCACGCAUAUGUGAUUUCAGUUUUUUCAAAGGUGUGUUAAAGCACCCAGAAUUUCCUUUCUAAGAUUUCCUUUUCAACAUUAUUUCUUAUAUAUGCUCCAUGUCUAUUCUUUUUUUAUUUCUCGUUGUUGUUACGUAUGCGUGAUAUAUACAAUAUAGUUUUGUGAAAUAACAAUCUUUAAAUUUUAACGAUUGUUAUUUCACAAAACUAUCAGAAUCCAAUAAGUAAUCAAUGUUUAUUUUAAUUGUCUUAUUUUGUUUUUUAUGUUAUAUAUGGCAAUUUAAAGUUUGUUAUUUCAUAUUGAAUUUUAUCGUAAUCUAGUAAAUAAUUAAUGCUUGUUGCAACUGUUGCUAUCUUAAACGUGUAUAUAUAUACACAUACACCCCUUGCUUCUACUGUUGUAAUUCUUACUGAGUCAAAUAAAAUUGUUUAACAAAUCGUUUGAUA